AUGGCUCUCCCCUCCCGAGCGCCUCAGGCACGCGACUUGGUUGACCUGGACUGGACAGGCCCUGAUGAUGCCGACUGUCCCUACAACUGGCCCCUGUGGAAGCGCCUCUACAUGACGAGCAUUCCGGCCCUGCUCUGCAUCAACGUCUCUUUUGCCUCCUCGGUCUACACCUCGGGUAUCAACGACAUAUCACAGCAGUUCAACGUGUCCCGCACCGAAUCAUUGCUCGGCCUCUCCCUCUUCCUCUGGGCCCUUGGUCUCGGCGCCAUCAUUGCUGCCCCUGUCAGCGAGAACUACGGCCGCAGGAUCGUCUAUUUGACGACAGUUCCCAUCUUUGGCCUGUUCACCCUGGGCUCUGGACUGGCUCCCAACUUUGUCACCCUGAUUGUCUGCCGCACCUUUGCUGGCUUCUUUGGCAGUGCCGUUGUGUCGGUGGGCGGCGGCACCAAUGCCGAUCUCUGGCGGCCCACCCUCGCCGGCGUCGUGUAUCCUUUUUACUUUGUUUCGCCUUUUCUGGGGCCGGCCUUUGGGCCUGUUGUCGGCGGCUACCUGAUCGAGGCCAAGGGAUGGCGAUGGCUCCAAUGGGUUAUCCUCUUCAUGAUCGUCUUCAACUACCUGUACGCUCUUCCCCAGUCCGAAACCUACAAAAAGAUCAUUCUGGAGAAGCGCACGCGAAACGAGAAAACACCCACAUGGUCCUCCAAGGUCGCUCCGCCAUCCCGCGCCAUCCUCCAGCGUAUUCUUCUCAAGCCGUUCAAGAUGCUCUUUGUGGAGUCCAUCGUGCUCUUCAUGACCAUCUACAUGGCCUUCAACUUUGCCGUUUUCUACAGCUUCUUUGCCGCAUUCCCCUACAUCUUUGGCCCGGGCGGCCACUACAACUUCACCCCGGGCCAGCAAGGCCUCACAUUUCUCUCCAUCGCGUUGGGGUGCGUAGUAGGGUUCGUUGGGGUUGUCUACAUUGACCGUCGCACGUAUCCCGCAUUGGAGACCAAGUAUGGGGUUGGCAAAGUGCCACCUGAGCACCGUCUCUACGGCGCCAUGGUAGGCAGUGCCCUCAACCCAGCCAGUUUGUUUUGGUUCGGGUGGUCCGCCAACGCAGGCGCACACUGGGCGAGCCCUGUCGUGGCCGCAGUGCCCUUUGCUGUGGGAAACAUCAUGGUGUACAGCAGCGGUGCCCUGUACAUUAUGAACUCGUAUGGUUCGCUGCACGGUGCGAGUGCGCUCAGUGCCAACAGUUUGUUGAGGUAUGCCUUUGGAGGCGCCUUCCCUCUGUUUACCGUGCAGCUAUUCUCGUCUUUGGGUACCGGAUGGGCCAGCAGUUUGUUGGGAUUCAUCUCCGUCGUGUUGGUUCCAGUACCGUGGGUGUUGUACAAGUAUGGCAAGCGGAUUCGGGCGCACAGCCAGUACAUCACUGCCGCUUGA